AGGACAAAUGCUGAUGAAAUCUGGCAGGAGGUUGCCAAACGAUAUAAGGAAAUAAUCGAAAACGAUAUCAAACUGCGAAAUUCCAGUCAAACUAUGGCAUCAUUCAAGGUUACGUCCUUGCAAACAGAACAACAGACACACUCGGCAACAUAUCCGUUGGCCCAGUGUCCUCAAGCACAGCCAGUAGAUAAUGAAGAACAAUUUCACCACUCAGUUGUCAUGCAUCAAAAGGAGAAGAAAGAUACUGAAACGUUUCCCAAAAUUGUUAAAGUAUUUAGCUUAAAACCCUCAUUACCUGUGCAAAUUUUCCGAGAUCAUGUGACCAUAGUCAUCUCACCAAAGGAGGCAACUGCCCAACCCCUUUUUGGAAAGUCAUUGGAGAAUGAACCAUGCGAGCAAAUUGAGAAGGAAACCUUUAACAGCAGCGCAAACAAUGAAGGAGGCAAAAUUCAGACUUAUUAUGACAAUAAAUGUGUACCAAAUUUUCAGUGUACUGGUAUUAGCAGGCGAAAAAGUUCGCGUGAUACCGAUUUUUUAAGGAACCAGCAUAUAUUUGGUAUGGCAGACAUUGAUACAAUGCAACUUGGAGAGAAGGACGUCCGAAGUGGUAGCUUGUCAGGAAGAACCUUCAUGGAAGAGUGGUUCCAAAUACCUUGCAACUCUACACCUGAAAAAAACCCUUUUUCGAAGAAUGAAGGAGUUAAUGAGGCGGAAGUAAUGGUCAAUGCGAGAAAAAAAAAUGUCUCGGAGCAAGAACUAAGUAAUAUCGAUGCUAAUAAGAAAAGGAAAAGAAGGAAAAGGAGGGCCAUUUUUCAGCAGGCCAAGACAAGGAGGAGCAAAAAGAGGCGUUUAAUUAAUGAUAUCAAGACUAUCGAUCAAUCUUUGAUAGGUAAAGAAUUCAAAAGCGAUACUGUGAACCAAGCAUGUUCUCAGGUUGAAUACUGUGGCUCAUUUAAGGAUACAGAAACAGAAAUGACGGAGACCACUACUGGAACACAAGGAAGGUCUGAGAAAGAUACUCAGGAAUCCUUUCAGGAUUCUCUGGCAGUUUUUAAUGGGGAACCCGUCCCCGGUGAGACGGGGGUGAUUUCAAAGGAGCCAGCAGGAAGCAGUAAGGGUAAUGGUUAUUUCCCGUCAGGUACGAUUUCUUCCUUACCUGGUAUUGACAUUCAUCAAAAUAGAAUUCUUCAUCUUAAAGAAAAACUUGCACAGCAGGAACAGGAACUUAAGAAUCUUAAGCGCAAAAAAGAGUUUGAAGGUGUACUAACAGAAGAAGCUGAGGAAGAAUGGUUUGAGCCAAAAGACAUGAAAGACACAGAGUCUCUGGGAGACAACGAAGUGCGUGAUGUAAGCCUUAAGGAAGACACAAAGAUCUGGUCCGAUGGAAAAGAAAUCGAAGAGGCUGUUAAUAUGGGCGAAAUGGAUGAUCUAAAGAACGCGUUUCAGAAGGUGAUCAAAUCAUUCAGUAGAACCUUAGAUGGCAAAUUGUAUUCCACCAGAAGAGUUCCAUACUACGCUCACCUCCCGACAAGGAAUUAUGCGGUAGGCGUCGAUUACAAACGUUUUUCUACUGGCAUCACCAACCAAUUGAUACCCGGGGAUUUUGAUAGUCAGGAAGAGUUCUUGUUUCAGCUAGGUUUGCUGAGAAUCUACUAG